UGUUCACUUAGUCUCUGUUCAGAGAGACCUCAGCAAGUCACAAGCGGGAAGGAACACAAAACUGAACUCCAGAAUCUACAAUGCUGCCAUCCUCCUGGGACCUGUGGGACAGACGAGGGGCAGUGAGAGGGAGAGAAACUGAUCCCAAGAGCAUCCAGAGUUCAUGGUCUCGAAGAUCAGACCAAGACCCAAACAAAGACAUCCCAAAAGUCCUGCAUUCUGCAGCCAGCUUUAUCCUUCGGUCCUCAACGGCGAGAAUCUCAGCUCCCACUACUCUGGCCAUCCUCCUGACUUGCCUCUUCUCUGGGGCACAUGGCCAGACCCCAGAGGCUUUCCAGGCAAGCUCCAUUCCCUUCAAGGCACUCAGCCAGGAGCAGGCUUACAGCCUGCUGCAGCCCAGCCUGUUCAAGGAUGCCAAGGCACCCAAUUACUCAGAAAGUCUCCCCAAGAGCAGUGGGUCGGAGCCACCCCUGCUGCCUGUCUGUGUGAAGCCUGCAGAUAUCAGGCACAUCUUCAAGUAUAUCAACACCAUCGUGUCCUGCACCAUCUUCAUAGUAGGGAUCAUUGGGAACUCCACACUCCUGAGGAUCAUAUACAAGAACAAGUGCAUGAGGAAUGGGCCGAAUGUUCUCAUUGCUAGCUUGGCACUUGGAGACCUUCUCUACAUCCUCAUUGCUCUGCCCAUCAAUGUCUAUAAGCUCUUGGCAAAGGACUGGCCCUUCGGUGUGCAGGUGUGCAAGCUGGUCCCCUUCAUCCAGAAGGCUUCAGUGGGCAUCACGGUCCUCAGCCUUUGUGCUCUCAGCAUCGACAGGUAUCGAGCAGUGGCCUCCUGGAGUCGGAUCCAGGGCAUAGGAAUCCCCAUGUGGAAGGCGGUGGAGGUGACGCUGAUCUGGGCAGUGGCCAUUGUGCUUGCAGUCCCUGAAGCCAUAGCCUUUGACAUGGUAGAGAUCAACUACUGGGACCGAGACCUGUGGGUGUGCAUGCUUGCCUCCGAACAGAAAUCCAGCUUCAUGAUGUUCUAUCGUGACGUGAAGGACUGGUGGCUUUUCGGCUUCUACUUCUGCCUCCCUUUGGUAUGCACUGGCAUCUUCUACAGCCUCAUGUCAUGUGAAAUGCUGAGCAAGAGAAAUGGCAUGAGAAUCGCUCUGAAUGACCACAUGAAACGGCGUCGGGAGGUGGCCAAGACUGUCUUCUGCCUGGUGGUGAUCUUUGCACUCUGCUGGCUGCCGCUCCACCUCAGCCGCAUCCUCAAAAAGACCAUCUAUGAUCAGACAGACCCCAACAGAUGUGAACUGCUCAGUUUCCUCCUUGUCAUGGAUUACUUUGGGAUCAACAUGGCCUCUCUCAACUCCUGCAUCAACCCUGUGGCUCUCUACUUUGUCAGCCGAAAAUUCAAGAACUGCUUCCAGUCCUGCCUGUGCUGCUGGUGCCAGAGACCCGCUCUGAGCAUCACACCGACAGAUGAGAAGGGCUCUGUGGGGAAGUGGAAAGCCAAUGGGCAGGAGCUUGGACUGGACCGGAGCAGCUCCCGCUUGAGCAACAAGUACAGCUCUUCCUAAAGCAGAGAGGAGAAGGCACUGUGACAAGAUGGACAGCCCCAGCUGUGUCAGCCUGGCUUCCUCCAGCUCUAUCCAAAUCAGCAAUAGGAACAGCUCUGCCACCAGCAAUGACUGUUCUCUUACCUGCACACUGCACGGAGACUAGCAGAUUUAAACACACUGUUCCCAUUCAACUCAAUGAAGACCGAAGCAUCUGAAUGAUUCCCCAGCAGUGACCUUUGGUAACAGCAUAAGGAGCAGUGCCCCAAAUGUUCAAGAUCUGUGAUUCUCUCCCAAGGACAGCCAGGCCCUGUUCAUACUCACAGUACAGACAGCAAUUACAUCCACACAGGGGAAUCUUUUUACUUUGCCUAACCUCCCGGACCCCAAAUAGCUAACAUCCCUCUUUAUGCUCCACAGCAAAUUUAAUCAUUUCUGCAUUAGCAGCUACUCUCAGAUCAACAUUUUCACCUUAAAUGGUUCAAAACCAGUCUUAGAUCUGCACAUGAUUAAUAUUACAACAAACAGACUGCCAUGAAUUCAUCCCAGCUCUGGACGUUGGUACCACUUGCUGCACAGCUGCUUAACACUGACUACAGACUCCUUGCCUUUCUUUCCCCUUGUGUUUUCCUCCCAAGUGUCUCCUAUUAAAACCAACAUCGUAAAAUUUGACUAAGUGUGAGAGGGCAGGGAGAGAAGAGAGCUAUCAGCUGCAAACAGCAUCCUUUUAAAACUCUUACACUGCGGUGGCAUUCACUUGGCACUUCUCAAAGGUCUCUAUUAGGCUGCAACCAAGACCAUGUCAAACACAAAGAUAAAGCAAGGAACACCAGAAAACAAGUGCCCGUGCAGUUUAGCUGCUCAUGGAACUGCAAGUGCAAAAACAGCUCCCACCUUUCAAGAUCUUUUUCAAGUUACUCUCCAUGCUGCUGGGGCUUAGCAGUCACAGGACUGAGCCCAGGUGUAUCAGUCAGGUUCUUAUUUAUUCACCCCUUUUCCCUUCAGCCAAGCCAGACAGGAUCAGACAAAAUCAAAGCCACCACAGUCACCUGUAAAGAUGCAGGAACCCAUUGGCAUGGGCAAGAUGAAUCCAUUGCAGCAAACUGAAGCAAAAGAGUUUUAUAAUGAAAUGCAGGGUUCAGAUGGCUUCAGGACCUAAUGCCUGUGAACACAAACCCACUGCCAGUCUGCCAGAAACCAACUCUGUCAAUUUGUAUUUGAAAGAACAAUUUUAUUGAGAAAACCUGACAUUUACAUCCUCUUAUUCCUCUGUAUGUUAAUAAAACAUGUUGGUGUUUGAAA